GUCAAUGUUUGCAUGAAAAAAGUAUAGGCUUGGUGAGGUUUACGUUUAUGUUAGUUUUUCUGCAUAAAUUGCAAUGUGUAAGAAUAAAGCAAAGAAGCCCAGUUUACUUUUUUUUUUGCUCGGUUCUUUGCUGCAUGGCUCAGGAGUGGUCAAAAACGAAAUAUCAUAUAAUAAUAUAAUAAAGAAAUAUUUUGCUAGCUAGCUAAAAAGUAAGACAUACUUUUUUAAACUACCAAAUGAUAAAAUAAUAUUAUUAGCUGAUGAGGCUGUGAGUUGGUUGAAGAAUGCUAACUUCUUACAAGUCAUGUAACUUAUUCUAGCGUGACAAAAAGCUUCUUCACAGCUUCCUCAUUUCCUGAACCAGUUCUCACUGGCUUUCAUUUUCCCCCUCAUGCCUUUUAAACUACACAGAUUUUUUUUUUCUCGAUUGGUUGUAGCUGUAGACUUCAGUUAGAGCUGAGCAAAAAUGUCAUGAUGAAACCUCUAGACGAGUUAACUUCUGUGACUCAUUAGUUUGCCCCAAGAUGAUUUAGAGAAAAUGUUUGCAGGUUCCGGUUCUGCACGUUUUACACACAUGUCUGGAAGUGGCUGGAACACACCCAUUUAAUUAGAUUUUUAACUGGUGAAUUCAGGCUGAUCUUAUGGCCAACAGUGAACAUAUUGGCAGAUACUUUGGGACCAAGAUUGGGAAACAGUGGAGUCGCUGGAUAAAAACAGAAGUGUGUUUGCUGCAGUGUACCAACAAAAAGCACUGGGCAAAGAACAGAGUGGCUGAUGUUGGGCAAUUCCAGGUCAUGCGGUGCAUCUGAAUUCUCUCAGGGUUCAUGCAGGUUGACUGUCCUCAACAGGUUUUCUGCAAACCAGGUGAAACAUCAGUAAGUCAUGGAGGACGACGGUGGCUUCAUAGAAUUUGAUGUGCCAGAGUUCAGCAACACAGUUCUUAAGCAGCUCAAUGAGCUGCGGAUCCAGGGUAAGCUCUGCGAUAUUAUUGUGCACAUCCAGGGCCGACCAUUCCAUGCACACAAAGCUGUGCUGGCUGCCAGUUCACCGUACUUCCGUGACCACUCGUCUCUGGGCACCAUGAGUGGGCUCUCCAUCUCUGUGAUCAAGAACCCUGCAGUGUUUGAGCAGCUAUUAACCUUUUGCUACACGGGACACAUGGAGCUGAAUCUGCGUGAUGUUGUUAGCUUCCUCACAGCCGCCAGCUUCCUGCAAAUGCAAGCCGUCAUCGACAAGUGUACACAGAUCUUAGAAGGCCUUCAUUCAAAGAUCAGUCUCCCUGUGGUCUCUGGCCAAGCAGAUGCCGAAGAAGAUCUCGAAUCUAGAGCUGGACACAAUGGAGCAAAAGAGCUGGGCAUAUUUUUAAAUCCUACCCAGAUUUCCCCACCCUAUUACCCUAGGAAAAGCCAUCGAGCAGAAGCAAGUGGAGGAGGAAAAGGGCUUGCACACUUACCAGAGGAAGGGCAAUCAGAUCGAGGGAGCGAUUGUGCUUCAGAACAGGAAGCAGCAAUGGAAACAGAACCUGAUCAGGUGGACUUGAUUGAGAAGAAUGGGCAAGUUGCUGACAUUCACAUUAAGCUGGAAAAAACAGAGCGGCCCAGUUACUCAGAUAGCUCUUCAGCAGGUGAUGAAAGCUACCACACGGAACUAGUGGAUGGUGAGCAAGUUCUAGCUGUGACCGUCGGACCGUAUGGGCCAGUCCCACCCCCUGCUCAGUACAAAUAUUCAGCACUCCCUUCAUCCUGCUUUGUUGGUAUCAGUCCAUCCAAUCCAACUCAGUCGAUUCUCAGUGGAUUUCGAGGAGGCAGGCCUAAACGGAAUGCACCAGUCCCAGGUGAUGUAAUUUCUCAGCUUAAACCAGGCAAGGAAGAUGCAGAAGGAAUCGCAUCAGGAGUAGUUUUUGAGAAUGAUGUGAGGGAACGAGGUCUCCGUGGCCACUGGUAUCCGUUUAAUGAGCGCCUUGUGUGUGUCUACUGCGGCAAGUCCUUCAACCAGAAAGGCAGCCUGGACCGCCACAUGCGUUUGCACAUGGGCAUUACUCCAUUUGUCUGCAAAUACUGUGGCAAGAAGUACACACGCAAAGAUCAACUAGAGUAUCACAUCCGUGGCCACACGGACAAUAAACCUUUCCACUGCCAGAUUUGCGGCAAGUGCUUCCCAUUUCAGGGCACCCUCAACCAGCACUUGCGUAAGAAGCACAUGGGUUCCGGCGUUGAGAUGAACAACCACACAGGCCCACAAGGGGAAGCAGCGGAUGGUCAGAGAGGGGUGCCAUUGGAGGUCUCGGAGAAUGUCUACAGUGAUGCCUUUAAUGAUGAUGGGUCUGCAAAAACUUCAAGCGAGGAAAGUGUGAAGGGCAGUGUCUAAGAACCUCCUGGGUCCAGAUGUGAUUAUUAAAAAAAAAAAUUAAGAUUGUAGUGGGUGGGGAUUUGUAAUGUGCAGCCUUAAAAGGUUGAACGUUUGCAGAGAAAUAGAUGUUAAACAUGCCUUGCACAUUUUCUAUUUGUGCAUUUUUGUGAUCUGGUUUAAGAAGAGAUAAUGCAUUUUUAAUAAGCAAGUUUUUCAAAGGUGAAUGGAAUUGUAGUCAGGGAGAAGGAUUGAGUGGGACAUCUCAAUAAUUAAGGCCUUUUAAAGAGUUUUUUUUAUGUUUUUUUAAUAGAUAAAUAUUUCCAUGUUUUUAAGCAUAGAGUAAUAUAGGCAUGUUGCAAUAAUUAAUAAUGUGAAAGCUCAGUUAAGAUGCUUGUCAUAUCAUGCUUUUACCUGACCUGUUUUUGCACAUUUGGCCUCAAGUAGGCUGAUAACUCACAAGGAUUGGUUUUACCUACCAGUGCAAAAGCUCUGUGACACAUCUGUUCAAUACCUCAUCACACAAUGUAACAUACUCACAAAAAGACAGUAUUGUCAACGUUUAUUCAGCUCCAACCGGGUUCUACCUCAGUCCAGAACCUGAAAGGAAGUGAAGAAGCUUGUUUUGAAAGGAUUUAGUUGCUUUACAUAGCAAUCUUGGCACAACACAUUUUUCACUACACAACGCCUUGGUACUACAGUGAACUGUUUGAGACUGUAUGAAAUUCAACCUGCUUUCAAUUAAUUUGUUAAACAUGCAAUGUUUUUGAAGGUGCUUUUUGGGUGGUUAGGGUUAUGUUCGUCUACCUGCUCUAUUCUGCAUUAAGGAUUAGGGAAUUUGAACAAGAUCAUAUGAAUUGCAUAGUUAUUUACAGUUUUGGUUUACAACAGCAAGUAAAUAUCAACCAUAACAUUAUUAUAAUGCAAGAAAACCUUUUUAGAUUUUUAGAGAUUUUAAUACAAGAAAGUCAGUAUAUUUAAAAAAAAAAAAAGAAAAAAAAAGAAAAAAUCUGCUCAAAUGUUCAUUUUAGUUUUUUAUUUUGUUACAUUUUCAUUAGUUAGUUUUCGAUCACAUUGUCCAUUACAAUACACCUGACAUUCAGAAACCUCUGAGCAGCACAAGUAUCUCGGUACUGAAAAUCAUACCGAAAAUCCUCAACACUAAAUAAGCCUGAAAUGCAUUUUGGGUUCGUGUAAGAUGAGUGUCUGUACAUUAUUUGUUUUGAAGCUAAUCGUAGGCUUAGAGCCCAAUUGAGGAUGAAUGUCUUUUGUUGCCUUUGAAGCUUUUCCUUGCAGUUUGUUCAUUUCAAAGUCGUCUAAGCUCAUGUUCCAAAGCCAUAAUUGGACAUACUGCUUCCAUUGUCACUGUUUCAAGGAUUACCCUAAUAUAGCCUAGAUUUCAACAAUGCAUCAUUUUCCAAGAAAAUAAAUAAAUAAAUAUUAGGCACUAAAAACUAUAUACAUUCUUAGGCUAAAAAUAACUAGGCUGUACUUAUUUAAAAUGGGUCAUAUGUUCUCUUGUUGAAAAAAUAUAAGCAUAGUCACACUUUAUUAUUGCAAAAUUUAGACAUCAAGGAGCUGCUUGAGCUUGAAAAUCAAUGAGCUAGUUUAUUUUAGUCUAGUUAACUAACAUUGAGUGGAAUAAUAUGACCCUUGAAUUACUAAAGAUAUUGUUAAAUUGCCUUGGGAAAUUUUAAUCUGAUGUUGCACUGUUCAGUAUUGCCUUUCUUUGGCUUCUAACAGUGUUUUUUAUAAAUCGAGCGAAGCAGACUUUGGUAAUUAUACUUGUUUGAUGGUUGCUAGCUUUGAAGGCACCAAAGUUUUCAUCCCUUUGAAUGAGACUUUAUGUAGAGCAUGUACUCUGCAUGACUCUCGGCUUUUCUGACUUUACCUGCCAACAUCAGUGUUCGUUCUAAUCUUCUGGCCUCCUAUUACAGCGCUUUCUAAAGUGCAAAAUGUGCAGACACGCUUCCAUUAUAAAUCAGGUGACAAAGAUUUACCUGUGACAAUCGAUGGAAAGUUUUUGUAAUAGUGUUUUGGAAAACAAUGACACACUGCUUUAUUUCUACUGUGAGAAGUGUGUGUUAUGUUAAUGAUUUGGUCACUGUAAAGCUUGAUGCUUUUUGCUCUGAGAGAGACACUUGAGCCGAUUUUGUUCUUGGGCUGUCAUGCCUUCUUAACAGAUACCACUACUAGGCAUUUGGAAACAUUUAUUAAUGACCUUCUGGAAAAACAAAGCACUUAAUUUGAAGUAAUAUGUGAUUUAGCCUGUGUCUACCGAAUUGUAAAGUAUACUUUUCCUCAUUUUACAGCUAACCUACAAAACCUUCUUCCCUAGACCAAAGCAGAUGGUUUUACAGUGGAUAUACUAAUGGUGCUUUUUCAUUAUUUCAUUAUUUUCUGAACAACGUUGGUUUAUUUAAAUUAGUUUGUCUUUUGCACUGAGAAGUUGCAGUGCUUCAUAGAAUCCCAUGGUGGUUCUGUUCUCUUUAAUAUUUUUAUUUUUUUGGUCUUAAUUAAUUUAUUUUUUAUUUGGAAAAAUCAGGCAAAAUAUUUUGCAGCCUAGGUUUGCAAGCAGGUCAUUUUUGUGCUGAGAAUGGUAGUAUGCAGUCGUCCCAUUGACAUGGCAUGUUUUCGAUUGGUUUGUUCAGAUGUAAGAAAAAAGAGAUUAGAUUCUGUCUGCCUAAUCGUUUAAGCAAUCUUGGCCACUAACCAAAGAGCAAACCAAAAAAAGCGGUAGUAAUGGUUAUAUACAGUGCAAAGCUGAGUGUUGAGAGCAAACCUAAAUCCCACAACCAACAAGAACCAUGAAACUAUUUUUCAGCCAAAUGCUCAUGGGGUAGUGCAUGAGUUCUUAACUAGGAUUUUUUCUUUUUUUUUCUUUUCUAAAACCAUGUAUGAACAAAUGAGAGAACUGUAGUUAAAUUGUGGUUAAAUGUGACUUAAGCCAUAAUCAUGUGAUAGUAGAGGUGGGAUGACAAAAUGUUAUAAUUUCUUUGAAGAACAAAUGAUUUUAGGAAUGCGUAAUCUGUAUUAGGACUGAAUCUGUGCCUUUCCACAAGAAAUGCUAAUUUACCUGAUCUACCCUUUUCUAGUCAUUUACAGGACAGAUCCAUUGUUUGUGCAUGAGUCAGUUCAUUUUGGUCCACAUAUAAUUAUCAAGCAAUUGACACUUAUGCUUAUUAACACCACUUGUCAGGGUUCUCGCUUUAUAAAUGCAUAUAAUCUUUUACUUGUUGUUUUUAUGUGUGCUGUACUAUGUGUUAAAGUUUUAUGGAGUUAAGAAGUUAAAUGCAGUAGCAGAGGUUUUGCAUUUAUAUAUGUAAUAUGCAGUUUUGACCAGAAGAGAUUGUAGCAGGUCAUAAAGGGACAAUCAGACAGCUUCAUACAUGAGAAGCUACCUCUUGAAAUAAGUGAAUUAUACCUUGAACUAUUGAAUUUAACUUUUAAUUAGAUCUUGGCUGAAUGAGUUUUCUCAUUGUGCCAACCACUCUACAGUUUAAUAUUGAAGUGCAUGCUAGACCACUUGUAGAUGUAGAAAUGUACUGCAUGGUGGUUACCACACCUAUAACUAAAACCCAGGUGGACAUCUGUAUUUCUGUUCCUAUAUUUUAUUUUUUUGUUUAAAAUGUUAUUUUCUGGCAUGCACUUAAGAUAAACUUUUUUUAAAAUAAUGUAAUCAAAAGAUAUUCUACAUAGAGGGGAUUAGCUUAACAUAUCGUACUCCUCUUUAAUGGGACUCAAUUAUAAGGCCUCAACUAUUUCACUUCUAGGGAGUUUUAAACUUUUUAAUGGUGCUUUUAGACUGGUCAGGUGUAUUUGAUUUUAUAUACUAAUACAUAUGUACAUAAGGGACAUAGUGGUGAUUUUAAUUAUGGUUGAGUGUAACGAGAUUAGUAUCAGCCAACUCAUUGUGACAGGAUAACUGUUCACUCUUUGUAUUCAAAUCACAGAAAGGCCAAGCAGUUACUAUGAGCUGUGAGCAUGAAUCAGAUUGAAGGAUUCACAAGAAAUAACUGUAGGACUACUUUAAGAAUUUGCAAAUUGUCCUCAUAUCAAAGCUGACUUGCUUCAGGUAGUUUAUGAACACUGAUAUUAGUUAAAGUCUUCCAUUGCUUCUCUGCUUUCAGUGUGUCCCCACUGUGUAAUAUGCAAAAGCAAUAUCCUUUUUUUUUUAAAGCAGUUUGGCACUGCAGUUGAUUGCACAUUACAGGAGUAUCAUGUCUCAAAGUAAGUGCUAUCAGUGAAAUCAGGGAGCCAUGGAAACGAGGAGGAUGAGGAUUAUAAUGAUCAUAACUAAUAGACUUGUGAACAUUUGGACACAUUGUGUGAAAAUGCUUUCAAAGUUUAGCUUCUUGGUUUACUACAGUUUAUAUGCUGUGUAUCAGCUGAAGGCUAUGAGUUUCUGAGCCUCAUGGAUGUUUUGUUUGUGCAUUUGUCUACAUUUGUACACAAUCCAUCUGUCACUAUACUGCAGCCAGUCUAAUGCUGUAUCUGUAUCAAAUAUUAAAGGCAUCCUGGGAAGGAUAUGCUCCUUCCCUGAGCGCCACACGGAUCUCUUCCACAUCCUCACGUACUGGGACUGCAAAUCAAAUUAAAAAACAGCAUACAGAAAGUAAUAAGUAUGUUUUAUUGGUGGACUUCUUCUAUCAAACAGUCCCUGGAAUUCUGUUUGCCUCCAUUUCUCAUGUAUUCUGUGAUAUGGCAAAAAAAAAUAAUAAAAAUACAACUCAGGGUUUACUAGUAUUCAGCUAUGGCCACUUUGGACAUGCAGUGCAUUUUGUAUGUUCAAAUUAAUCAUGCACUUUUACUUCAGGUUGGGGAAGCAAGUCCUCAGUCAAUGGUUCCCAAAAAAUAACAGUCUGCCUCAUGGGUGUAUGUAAAACACCCACAUUUUCUUUUUCCAUUUUUACUUUCUGUAUCCAUGGGAUGAGCACAGGGCUCUAGCAUUGAGAAAAUGAUCGAGAGCUUUGUGCUUUUUCAAUGGAAGUAUCUCUCUGUAAUCCACUAUAUUAUCAACCUCACAAACCCUACUGUGAACCUCAGAAAUUCUACUGUUUUAUACAAUAAUGAAGUACAUUAAAGCUAGCUGGUGCCAAUGCUGUAAAAGUUAACUCGCCAUUUCUGAAUUUUGUUUCAUAGCAUGAAAUAAUAUAUUUAUUCAAAUUAUAUAUUUUGCUCAUAAUCAUUCUGUGCUGCUUUUUUUGUUUGUUUGUUUUAAAGAGCUUGUAAAUUGCUUUUUUAUGAUCUAUAAAUGACAAUAGAUGCACAAAAUGCAAAAUGCAUUUGUUCAUAAAAUAAAGAUGCUGAUUUGGCAAA